AAUUACAUGGUAAAGACACAAUUACGACACCCGGAACCUUUGUUAUGAAGACUUCAUCUCCCUGGUACGCGUGUUACUGUCGGAACGCCGUGUCUCCUCCUCCGUCUCAUGUAAACCAAACAUGCCGACUCACAUGGUGACUGGACACACGUGAGACAGCUGGAGAUGUGAGAGGAGCUAUAGGCUAUGCUUCUUCGCAGCUGUUCAGCCUGUGAAGUCAUUGAAGAGUUGCGUUUAAUUCUCUGAAACCGUGAUCUACAGGCUCUAAGCAUCGCCAUGGCUGGGCGAGGUAGAGGGCGCGCGCAGCUGACUUUUAAUGUGGACGCUCUUGGUAUCAAGAGAGGAGAGUCUUUGCCUCCCUCAAUGGUGAAGCCGUCUCCCCUGUUCCCUCCUAUGCAGUUCCAACCAGUGCCUUUGCAGACAGGGGAAGCAGAGGACUACAUGAUUGCCCUCAAACAAGAGUACAGGGCCUCCACCAAAAACCUACCGUUUCACAUCGUACCUGCGAAGGCCAAAAGAGAUGUGGAGAGGUACACUGACAAGUACCAGACGUCAGAGCCCAAGAACAAUACCAUUGAAUGGACCCCAGACUGGAAUCGGCUGCCGAAGGAACUUUGCAUCCGAGUCCGAGAGCCCAAAAAAUCGAAGGCACAACCUUCAGUGAAGAGGAAAAAGAAGGCAGACAUGGGAAAACAGGAGGUCCUCCAGAAACUAGAGACACUAGAAAAGAAAGAGGAGGAGACAAAAUCUGAUGAAGAGGAGGAAAAUGAGGAAGCGAAGAAGAAAAAGAAGACCGAAGAUGAUGAUGAACCAGAGGAGGAGAACGAUUAUGAUGAGGAAGACUUGGAAGAUGAUACCGAUUAUAUCUCGUCUUAUUUCGACAAUGGGGAGGAUUUCGGUGCGGAUAGCGAUGACAACAUGGAUGAAGCCACCUACUGAAGUGUUUUCCACUUAGAUUUCAACCUCAGUCUUUACCUUCAGCGGAGCAACCAAUUCUUUAAAUGAAGAGUUCAGAUGCAAAACCCCCUUCGUGUCUUUCCAGAAACAUGUCAUAAUUAAUUUGUAUGUAAUACUAAUCUAUCAAAAUUGCAUAUUUUUUAUUUUAUUUAUGUAAUUAAAAUAUUUAUAUGUAUUAUCAAGUACAUGAAUUUAAACCAAACCAACAAUGGGGUUCCGUAAAAAUAAAGAAGUGCAGGUCUUCAGAAAUAGAGUUAGGGGUUUUUGCAUCUCAACUCUUCAAAUGCUGUCCGUACAAAUCUCAUGUAAGUGGGUAAACUUGACAGGAGCUGCUAAAAUCCACCUUACUUGACCUUGGCAAGCCUGCUGACCCAGCUGCUAAGAAACUAUUGCUAUGCCAAUUUCUGUUCAUUGGAGCUAGGAGAAACUGUAGUUGUGGGCUUGGUGCUCAAACGAAGGAGUUCAUGGAGGAGCCAUUGCCUUUGUGGACUUUCAAUUUUUCUUCCAGCACCAAAAAAACAGCAGUAUUCUGGCAUGCCGUAUUGCCUUUAUUUAAAAAACAAAAUUCAGGAACUGUGAUAUUGUCACUGUGUACAGGUAUCUUGGUGAAGACUGGUAUUACCCAUGGUCCUCUGUCUGCAGCAUACUCUAGAAGAGAAAUUCCAAGGGCAAGUAUGAUUGGCUCACUGUACGUUCAGAACAAACACAGUUUAAGUAUGGUGACUGAAUAAGUGCCAAAUGCUUCUAAAAAUGCUCUAAAAAGUGUUGAUGAAAGUUGAUGAAAGUGUUGAAAAAGAUGCUUGAUUGAGGGGUGAUCGCUUGGAAGCAUAACUUAGAGUUUGAGGGAUGUACCAGUAGACAUUCUGAUGGUUUGCAACUCGCCCACGACUGACCAGGAAGUAAAAUGACAUUUAACGUUCUCCUGAUGCUCCAGUUGGCCCUGUCGCAGACUAAAAGAUUCUUGCUGCGGAUUAUUUUCAAAACUCUUGCCUCUUUUACCAUGUUUGGCCUUGAAUGUACAGUAUUAUGACAUCGUGUGUGAAUGGACAAUGGAUGGACAUCGUUCAUUUUUAUAUUUGGUUUUAUGUGUUUGUAACAAAACAAGUCUUCAUGUUGUUUUAAACAUAAAACUAUUAGAAAAUGAUGAAUUAAGUUGUUUGAAACUGUUGUUUUUUUUCAUUC